CGGCGCAGUGACAUCUGACCUUUGACCCUGCUUAUCGCGUCUGUCGGGUCCACGCAGCAGACGACUCAGUUGUUUCAUGCACACAGACGGGACGUGUUCUACAUACAAUGGCUGAGCGACUCAGCGCCCUGAAGACCGCCAUCAAACCAUGCCACAGAGGGGGGCCGGGCUACAAGACCCCUCUGGACGCCAUGAAGCACGGACCCAGGGAGAAGCUCGUUUACCUGCCCUGCAUCCAGCCGCCACACCUGAAGAAGGUCAAGCCAGAUUACCUGGCCACAGUGGACAUUGACCCCGAAUCACCCACCUUCUGUAAGGUGAUCCACCGCCUGAUGAUGCCUUACCUGGAAGACGAACUUCACCAUUCAGGCUGGAACACCUGCUCCAGUUGCCAUGACGACUGCUCAAAGUCACGUGACAAGCUGGUCUUGCCGGCCCUGAACAGCGACAGGAUUUACAUCAUCGACGUCUCCAACUGUAGAGAGCCCAAGUUCCACAAGAUAGUGGAGCCUGUUGAUGUGCACAAGAUGACUGGCCUUGGUGCCCCACAUACGUCACACUGCCUGGCCAGCGGGGAGAUCAUGAUCAGCUGUAUCGGGGACAAAGAGGGAAGUAACUCGAAAAGUGGUUUUAUCCUGCUUGAUGGGGAAGACUUCAGUAUAAAAGAGAACUGGGAGAAAAGUCUGAUCACCAUGGGAUAUGAUUUCUGGUACCAGCCCAGACACAACGUGAUGGUCAGCACAGAGUGGGGCGCCCCACGGGCAUGGAGGAAUGGCUUUAAACCAGAGGAGUAUAAAUCAGGUCUGUAUGGCCACAGCAUCCAUGUCUGGGACUGGACGACACACAAGAAGCUCCAGACCCUUGACCUAGGGGACGAGGGGGCCAUUCCGCUAGAAGUUCGUUUUCUGCAUGAUCCAGAUGCCACCAUGGGCUAUGUGGGCUGUGCCCUGGGCUCGUCUGUCUUCAGGUUCUUCAAAACUCCUAAAGGAGAUUGGGAAGCUGAAAAAGUAAUUCAAAUUCCUCCAAAAAAAGUGACAGGAUGGGCACUUCCUGACAUGCCAGGUCUUAUAACAGAUAUUGUGAUAUCGUUGGAUGACAGAUUUCUGUACUUCAGUAACUGGUUACAUGGAGACAUGAGACAGUACGAUAUUACAGACAAAAGGAAGCCAAAGCUGGUUGGACAAGUAUUCAUUGGUGGAAGCAUCCAAUCAGACGGUCCAGUCAAGGUCACUAGAGAUGAGGAGAGGGAUUCACAGCCAGACCCAGUCUACAUAAAUGGAAAGCGCCUGGAGGGGGCGCCACAAAUGCUGCAGCUGAGCUUAGAUGGCAAACGUAUUUAUGUGACCAACUCUUUGUUCUCCGCAUGGGACCAGCAGUUCUACCCUGAAAUCUGCAAGAAAGGUGGAUGGAUGGUUCAAAUUGAUGUGGAUACUGUGAAAGGGGGCUUAACUCUCAAUGACAAAUUUCUGGUGGACUUUGGUGAUGAGCCCUUUGGACCAGUUAUGGGCCAUGAAAUCAGAUACCCUGGUGGUGAUUGUACUUCUGACAUUUGGAUUUAGUAUCUCAGUGUUGGGUGGUGAUCUGACAUUUGGAUUUAGUAUCUCAGUGUUGGGUGGUGACCUGACAUUUGGAUUUAGUAUCUCAGUGUUGGGUGGUGACUUGACAUUUGGAUUUAGUAUCUCAGUGUUGGGUGGUGACCUGACAUUUGGAUUUAGUAUCUCAGUGUUGGGUGGUGACUUUACAUUUGGAUUUAGUAUCUCAGUGUUGGGUGGUGACUUUACAUUUGGAUUUAGUAUCUCAGUGUUGGGUGGUGACCUAACUUUGGCAUUUUAAACCUGGCAUUUGAAUAUUGUUAGCGCAAGGUACUUCUGAGAUUCUUGUAUCCUAAUAUGAACAUUGUCUACCCACGGUUCCAGUGAGUUUAAAGAAGUACAUCCUUGUCACAUGCUUAUGAAAUAAUAGGAAGAAUCCUCAGGCAUAACAUGUUAAAAAAAUGUGUAUACUUUUUCUUUUUAUAAUGUAAUAUUGUAAUAAAAAAUAUUAUUGAUUUA